AUGAAAUCACCACAACUAUCAUCUCCACUUGAUAAAUCUUUAAAUAUUAAUUUUACUGAUCGUGUCAAUUCUCUAACUAAUCAAUUAGAAUCUCUAUCAAAAACGAAUUCAUCUGUUCAACAGAUAUUUCAUAUUGUUCCCAUUAUACAUCGAUUUCUUCAAAAAAGUCUUCAAUCUCAUCAAAAACUUUCCGAUGAAUAUCAUGAUUUAACUAAUACAAUUCAACAAACUAUUUCUAUUUGUACUCAAUAUAUUCAUGAUCGUUAUGAUCAUGAAAAUGAACUUUUAUUUUUAAAAAAUAAAAUUUCACAAAUUAUUGGACAAAUUGGUUAUACACAAUAUUGUUUAGAACAAUAUUGGACAAUGAUUUAUAGUUUAGAACAAGAAAUUGAACGAUUACAAAUACUUCUUAGUAAUCCUCAAUUAUUACAAAUAAAUCGACAUAAAUUUGAAACACUUCAAGAAACGCAAAAAAUCAAAUUAGAUCGUUUUAUAAAGGAAAAUGAAAAUAUAAAACUCUUAAUUAAUAAACGAAAAGAUUCAAUUCAAACAACUCAAAACCAAAUUGAAAUAGAUAUAAAAGAAUUACAAAAACUUAAAUCUAUUUUAUAUAAUAACGAAGUAGAACAAAAGCAUGUUCAAAAUCACUGGGUACAAAUAGAAAAACAAACUUCUCAUCUUCAAACCACCGCUGAAAAAACCAAAAAUAUGGAAAAUGAAUAUCAAAAUCGAAUGAAAACAACUAAAAUGCAAUACAAUCAAGUAGGAAAACAGUUAAGUUCUUUAUCAGAAACUUAUGAUCAAACUAAUAAAAAAUUAAUAGCGAUACAAACAAAUGAAACAAAUAUCAAGCAAGAAAUCGACAAUGUAAAAAAAGAAAUCACCACAGAACAAACAUGUAUUCUAACCUAUCGUGAUCAAAUACAAAACCUUCGACAUCAUACGCAUAAACUCGAAUUAGAAAAACGACAUACUUAUCAACUUAUUAAAUUUGAAGAACAUACUAAUUCCAUAUUAGAACGAAAACAAGUGUUACAUAAACACAAUCAAUUAAAACUUCAAGAUCGUGUUAAGAAUCUAUUGAGACAAUUAACAGAUAUAAAUAAACGAAAUCAAAUAAAUCAA